AUGGAGGUCACCGUGGAGGCCGGGAACGCCGGGGAGGCCGCGUGGCUGGACGACGACGGCCGGCCCCAGCGCGCCGGCACGUUCUGGACGGCCAGCGCGCACAUCAUCACCACCGUCAUCGGCUCCGGGGUGCUCUCCCUGGCCUGGGCCAUCGCGCAGCUCGGCUGGGUGGCCGGCCCGGUCGCCAUGCUGCUCUUCGCCUUCGUUACCUACUACACGGCCACGCUGCUCGCCGAGUGCUACCGCACGGGCGACCCGGAGACGGGGAAGCGCAACUACACCUACAUGGACGCCGUGCGCUCCAACCUCGGCGGCGCGAAAGUCGCAUUCUGCGGAGUGAUCCAGUACGCCAACCUCGUCGGCGUCGCCAUCGGGUACACCAUCGCGUCGUCCAUCAGCAUGAAGGCCAUCAGGAGGGCUGGAUGCUUCCACACCCACGAGCAUGCUGAACCGUGUAGCAGCUCCAGCAUCCCGUACAUGAUCGUCUUUGGCGCCGUGCAGAUCGUCUUCUCGCAGAUACCGGACUUCGAUCAGAUUUCGUGGCUCUCCAUCGUCGCUGCCGUCAUGUCCUUCACCUAUUCUUCCGUCGGACUCUCCCUCGGCAUCGCACAGACCAUCUCUAAUGGUGGGUUCAAGGGAAGCCUGACCGGCAUCAGCAUCGGUGCCGGCGUCACCUCCACACAGAAGGACACGAUCAAGGCCCCGCCACCGUCGGAGUCGAAGGUGAUGCAGAAGGCGACGCGUCUCAGCGUGGCGACCACGACCAUCUUCUACAUGCUGUGCGGGUGCAUGGGGUACGCAGCGUUCGGCGACGCCGCGCCAGACAACCUCCUCACGGGAUUCGGCUUCUACGAGCCCUUCUGGCUGCUCGACGUCGCCAACGUCGCCAUCGUCGUGCACCUUGUCGGCGCGUACCAGGUGUUCUGCCAGCCCAUCUUCGCCUUCGUCGAGCGCCGCGCCGCUGCGGCCUGGCCGCACAGCGCCUUCAUCUCACCGUAG